CACUGUUGCUGCACAUCGAUGUGACGGUGUUAGUACCUGAGGACUGAACCCUUACCUGUGGAUCCUCUCCCAGCAGCAGCACCAUGGGGAUCUCCACGUCCAGUCUGCUGGAUGAGACCAAAUCCAACUACAUCAAAGGCAAAGUCGAGGCUGAGCUGAAAGAGUUCAGUCCGUACUACAGGAAGCAGUUCUCUGUGGCUCGUUUCUCUCAGGUAGAAGAUGACCUGGAGCAACACAAAGAGAAGAUCACACAGCUGCUCAAACAGAGGGAGACUCCCGAGGAGGCCGAGGUGCUCUAUGAGGAGAGUGUCCUUUUCUUUGAUGAAACCAGGAAGUGGAAGGAGAGGUACGUUGUGGUGAGAGCCAACUACUGCCUGGAGUGUCACGACAGCCUGGAGUCUUUCGUUAAAGGAGCCCCUCCCCGCCAGAAGCUGCUGCCUACAGGGGGCACUGUUCUGACCACAGAAGAGAAGUACAUGGUCAUGGUGGACAAAUGCUUCCCUGAUGACAGCAAAACUGAUGUGAAGGAAGACUUUGCUCCUCCUCUGUCGGGAAUGCCUGGACAGUUCCCCGUCUACCUGCGUCUGCCCUACAGGAGAGACUCCUACUUCUGCUUCAAACAGCAGGCCAAACAGGAUGCCUUCCUCUCCAUCCUGUCAGACUGCAUCAGACACCAGAACCAAGACUUCCUGAAGAAGAAGACAUGUGAAGUGCAGGCCUUCCUCAAAGCCAUCCAGCUCUACAGGCAGGACAAAGACAAGUACGAGGCCUGGGACAUGCUGAUCGGAAGUGAUUCCAGGGUGAUGGCAAAUGUGGUGAUGGAGCAGCUGCUGCCGUCUCUUGAGAAAGACAUGCUGCCUCGCCUCAAAGCCAAGAAGACAGAGAAGAAGAGAGUCUGGUUCGCUACGGUGGAGGCAGCGUACAUGCUGAUCCAGGAGCAUCUGAUGGAGGGACUUUCAGCACUUAAGGAGGAAUGUCGAUCGUCGGUCCGGCAGCAGGAGGUGCUCAUCCACUCCGACAUGGACCAGAUCCUGAACUCCAGACAGGAGCUGGAGGAAAAAGUCCAAGCCAAAGUAUCUGAGCCAGCAGAGAAACUGUGCUCCGAGUCCGUCCAGCCGUACCUGGGCUCAGUCCUGGAGGAGCUGAUGGAGCCGGUCAGCUCUGGUUUCCAGGAGGGACGGCAGCUCAUUGAACACAUGAUGGACCAGGUGUGUCAGGAUGGCCAGCUGGUCGCAGACAACGAGCAACUGAAGAAGACUCUUGCUAACAUGGCCAGGCCGAACCUGCUGGGCUGCUACCAAAAGAUCGGCUCCCUGCAGGAGAAACAGCAACACCUGCAGCAGAGAUUUGGUUUCUCCAACAUCACAGGAGUGAUCCACAGCGCUCAGAUCGACCUGCAGCAGCUGAUUGAGAAUGCAGCCUACACGUUCGAGCAGCUGCUCAACAAAGCCGUCCAGGACAACCCAGACAACCCCGGCUCUGCCAUCGAAAAGGCCAAACACAGAGUGCUGAAGCAAUAUGAUUAUGACAGCAGCACAGUGAGGAAGAGGAUCUCCAGGGAAGCUCUCGUCUCCAUCACUCUGCCCUUCAUCAAGAGGAACCUGGCCCCCACCUGCAAGACUGAGCUUCAGGGUCUUCAGCAGUCCAUUGAUGGCGACCACUCCAACUUCAUCCAUGUUGAGAACGUUUAUGAGAGCAUCCUCCUUCAAAUUCUGGACAAGGAGGUCACCAAAGUGGUGAAGGAGGCGGCCAGCCUGAAGAAGUACAACCUAUUCACAGACAGCAGAGACCUGCUGAGUCAGUCCAGCCGCUCCAGCCUCUCCUCCCCGCCCGUCUCCACCCCCGGCAGCCCCGCCAUGAUGCUCGCUUCCCCUGCCAAAACUUCCGUUGAGCCCCAGCCGCCGUCUCCUCUUGUGGUUAACGGUCUGUCGUCCAGCCCCGAGAAGAAGGAGCAGCCAGAGAAGACAAACGGCGUGCUGCAAAGCGAAGCCUCAACAGACACGACCGCCAUUGAGACACCUCUGGGGAAGGUUGAACAAAAAGAUGCAGCUCAGAGUGUGGCGGUCAGUCAGGAGGCAGGGGCGGCCACAGCAGAAGUCAUCUUCCAAACUGUGAAGGCAGAAGCAGGCAGCCCUGUUGCACUUGAAACUCCAGCUUUACCAGAUACAACCAACCAGAGUGAUUCGCAGCAAGGUAAUGCAGAAGCAGCUCCAGAGACUGUGGUCCAAACGGAAGCUAUUUCGGUUGAAACAGAAACAGCUAAAACCGCUGCUGAGCCUCCGAUGGAGAAUGCAGAUGUUCCAAAAGAGGCAGAAAUGACUUUGUCACAAAUCCCCACUGCUGUUGAAAGCAUAAAGACAGACGUAGGAGCAGCACAGAUAGAAGUACCCGUACCAAGCCCUGAUCCCACUAAUGAACCAGUAAGUUCUUCAGCAGAAGGCACUGAUGCCCAAACUGUAACCAGCAAUGAAGAGGAAACACACUGUGGCAGCUCAGAAAUCAAGUUAGAGACUCCCUCUAGUGGUCAGACACCUGCACUCACACCUGCAGAGGUCAGCCUGGACCUGGCGCGACAAGAGGCAGAACCAGUUACCACCUCAGACCCUAAUUCUCUGGAUGUGUCCCUAGGUAGUGAGUCACCCCCAUCAGAUGUGGAGUCCAUGGAGGAAGUGAAAACAACGCAGAGCAGCGCGGAUGAAGUCUCUGCGACCUCUGACGUCUUGGAGGAUGAGGCUAACAUGAAUAAAUCACUUGAGAGUUCAGACGAUACAGCUGAGGACAAAACCACAAGUGGGGAGCUGUCUCCUGAGGCCCAGACAGAAGCUGUGAGCAGUGACGUUGGCGGGGACAUCGAGGCAGGUGCAAGUGUGAGCGUGGAGCCAUCGGUAGAGGCCACAGAUGUUAAAACCUCUCAGCCUUCUGAGCCUGCCGCAGAAACCCCCUCCAGCCCUGAGGCCCAGGCCAUUGACAGCAUCAAAGAGAUCCGUGACCUGGUGGUGGAAGUGAUCGAGGUGGAGGAGCUUGUGCAGCGUUACCCCAGUGGAAUUCCCAAAGUGGAGGAAUGAAGCAUCAUGACCGAUCACAACUGCAUUACUGUUCUUUCAGGAAAAUGGCGGACAAAAUUAAUAACGGAUGUUCUACUAAGGGGAACCAACUUAUUACCAGAACAGGACAGUAGCUUCCAUCUGCACUGCCUCAAACUGUCCUGGAGUUCAAACAAUUUUUUGCAGAGCAGAAACCCCUGAGAGACAUUUACAAAAGCUUCCAUGAACCUUUUUUAAACACAUAUGCAUGACAUUAUGGUAAAUUAUUUAUACUAAUCAUUUACACAAAUCAAUAUAUCAGCUGUGUCAGGUGUAGAAACCAUCAGGUCUGUGUCAGUGACUGACAGGAUUUUUUUUAACACUACAAUUAUUUUAGGACCAAAUUGUUUAAGGAAAAAAAUUAGAUGUAAAACUAUUUUAUUAAGAUUGUGAAGAUGUUUCUGGAAAUUUCAUUAUGUUGUGGUGGAUUCUAAAUAUAUUUGAGAUUUUAGAAAAUUCUCUUUACACUUACUUUCUGAGAGUAGGAUGUGAAUAUAGAUAUCAGUGUCAUGUCUGUAAAUGAGCUGCAGUCAGGAUGUGGUUAGCCUAGCUUAGCAUAAAAAGUGGAAGCAGGGGGAAUCAGCAAGCCUGGCUAUGUCCAAAGUUAAAAAGAAAUACCCAUGCCAACACCUCUAAAGCUCUCUGAAAACUUGUUAUAUCAUAUGCUUACGUAAUCUAUAGACAAACAGAAAUGUAAACAUCAAAAUCUGUGGUUUCAAAAGGGAGUUACGUGUUGGAACUACUUCUUGGCAAAGGCUUAAGGCUCAUUUAUACUCCCUUUAUGUACAAAAAUAGCAUAACGUUGAGCAUAAAUGAUCCCCUACCAGGGGUAGGCACAAAUUGGCGUUUUUAGAGUAAAAAUAAAAUAAAAUAAAAUACAUGUUUACUAGUGACCUGCAUAGGUGUUGGUAGGUGUAGUUUUUUAGCUUAGGACUGAGACAGGCUAGCUGUAUCUCCCUGCUAAGCUAGUCUCCACACAUCAUGACUCCAGCUCAGUACCUAACAGACAGACAUGAGAUUGAUGUCCAUCUGAAUGUCUUACUGUUUGGAGGGGAAAAACAAAUAGAUUAAUUCCCCAAAAUGUGGAAUUGUUUCUUCAAACAGACUAAAUGAGAAUGCUUCCUUAGUCGUGUCACAAAUUAUUUUUUUAAAUCACUGAGAUUUAGAUUGUUUAGAAAUCACAAUGACAGAUAUUUUAAUAUAUUGGACACCAUGCGCUGGAUGAAUACCACUUUCAAAUUCAUAUUAAAGCUGUAAUUUAGGCACAUUUCUUUUUACGCAAUGUGAUUAUUUUUGACCUACUGAAGGACUUUUUUUUUAACUCAAAGGAAACUGAAGAAGUAGCUCAUCAAAGUGCCUUCACAGUACCUCCACGUGUCUUGCAUUGCAUGACGAAGGAAGCCAGUUUCUGUCAUGUGGAUGUGGUUGCUAUAGAGACUGGUCUAAGUAUGACUACCUGUGCCUUUUACCUGUGUAGAGCAUCUGACAUAGACAUGGUUAGUAGGACAGUUCGCAGUGUGAAUACAGGGAGCAGCGUCUGACCACUUACUGUCCACCAGAUGAAUGCUGUUUAAUAGAAACAUUGUGUGGAAAUAUGAAUAAUAAAAUAAGAGUCUAUAAACAAACAUACCCUCAAAUCAUUUCUGUGUGAACUCUCCACUCUCUGGUUUCAAUGUUGGGAAAACAACACAAACAAUAAAUUGUUUUAUUUGCCAAUAAAACAAAUACAGCA